AUGUAAAAAUCUUUAGAAAAUGAUAAAAUACAAAUUGAUUAAGCUAAAAAUUAGCAAAGUCAUGUUGAUGAAUCAAAUGUUAUAAUGAAAAUCAAUAGGUUCAGUGAACAAUUAGACUUUUAAUAUAGUCCCUAUCCCUCUUAAAAUCAAAAAUAAAAUAAUGCAAUAAUUCCUUUUGAUCCAUUAUAACAAUAAGAUAAUAAUUAAUAAUUAUAAUUACUCUCUGAUACUAAUUAAGAUUCAAAAUUAGAAUUUUUUCGUUCAACAUUAUACAUAUGGUUGUUUUGGUAAAGUACCAUAUUUAUAAUUUUGAUAUUCAAUGUUACUCAAAUAGAUUUUUAUUGUUAUCAAACAAAAGGAUUAAUAUAAUAUGGAUGUUUGUAUUUAGGUUUAUUUGCUUUAAUCUUGAUAAAAUAUGCAAAUGAAAAGAAAUUAGUUUUUUUAAAUAACAUAAAUAAUAAUAACUUUGAUAAACUAUUGUUUGUUUUGGUAAUUAUAAUUGAGGGUAUUUUUCAUGUUAAAUUUAUUGCUAUUAUUGAAUGUUUUUGUGUUGGGAAUAAAAAUUAUGGAGGGGAUUUUGAUUUUGAGUUGGAAAGAUAAAUUAUAUAUGUUAGUAUAUUAAUACAUUUAUCAAUUUUAAUAUCAAUUGGUAUCAUGUUAGUAAUCACUUUAAUAUAAUAGAAAAUAGAUCCAAAAUGUAAAUAAAUUAAUAAUUUUGUUAGAAUAUUUUAUUAUUUCUUUUGUUAUUUCUUUAAUAAUGGGAAUAAUGUAUUAAGCAGCCUCCUUAAAAAUUGAAAUAAUACCAAUUUUGAUAAUUAUUGUAAUCUUUUGUUUAUUUGGCACUGCUACAGUUCUUUCAGGUUAGCAAAUUGCUAAUGGAAAAGUAAUAAUAAAUUUUGAUAUAAUUUAGUUUGCUUUAAAUCACAAACGAAAAUAUAUGGGAGCCUUAUUGUAAUACUUAAAUUUGUUUUGGUUAUGCUUUUGA